CCCAGCCCCGUGAAUUGUCUUCUCGGGUUUCGGUGACGUCGGCUGGCCCAAGAUCCUGCUGUCCUCGUCCACUGCCUGGACCUGCCUCAUCGGUUCCCAGAGCUCGGGGAGAGUGUGGGAUUUGCUGAGUCCGGUUCCCUCAGCCCUCAUAGUGGGAAGGCGUCCUGCGGCCGUCGGCGCCCCCACCCAGCCUCUAUCUUCCCGCUCUCUCCUCCACUUUUGGAGAGAAUCACGCGGCCUCGGUGCUCAGAGCCGGUGCCACGAGAAAAGAGCGAUCCCCAAAGCGCCCCAGAGCUUCUGGACUGUCCGUCUGACCCAUGGCUCGGGGAAGAGUGUAGUUCCGGGCGCGGAGUACGCAGCCUACCAAUGGGAGCUGGCUCCUGGGGACACGUGAGGUCCUUGCUGGUUAGUUGUCAAAUCCUGAAUCCCCGUUCGCAGGAAUUUGCCGAGGUCAGCUCAGAGACCUUAAAAGUACGAUACUUUUCUUUGGAUUUGGCUGGCUUUUCUUCAUGCGCCAACUGUUUAAGGACUACGAGGUACGUCAGUAUGUGGUACAGGUGAUCUUCUCUGUGACUUUUGCAUUCUCUUGCACCAUGUUUGAGCUCAUCAUCUUUGAAAUCUUAAAAGUAUUGAACAGCAGUUCCCGUUAUUUUCACUGGAAAAUGAACCUGUGUGUAAUCCUUCUAAUCCUGGUUUUCAUGGUGCCUUUUUACAUUGGCUAUUUUAUUGUGAGCAACAUCCGACUAUUGCAUAAACAGCGUCUGCUCUUCUCCUGUCUCCUGUGGUUGACCUUCAUGUACUUCUUCUGGAAACUAGGAGAUCCAUUUCCCAUUCUCAGCCCAAAACAUGGGAUUUUGUCCAUAGAACAGCUCAUCAGCCGGGUAGGUGUGAUUGGUGUGACUCUCAUGGCUCUCCUCUCUGGAUUUGGUGCUGUCAACUGCCCAUACACUUACAUGUCCUACUUCCUCAGAAAUGUGACUGAUGCAGAUAUUCUAGCCCUGGAACGACGACUGCUCCAAACCAUGGAUAUGAUCAUCAGCAAAAAGAAAAGGAUGGCAAUGACACGGAGAACUAUGUUCCAGAAGGGGGAGGUGCAUAACAAACCAUCAGGAUUCUGGGGAAUGAUAAAAAGUGUUACCACUUCAAUACCAGGAAGUGAAAUGCCAGAUCUUACUCUUAUUCAACAGGAAGUGGAUGCUUUGGAAGAACUAAGCAGGCAGCUUUUUCUGGAAACAGCUGAUCUAUAUGCUACCAAGGAGAGGAUAGACUAUUCCAAAACUUUCAAGGGGAAAUACUUUAAUUUUCUGGGUUACUUUUUCUCUAUUUACUGUCUUUGGAAAAUUUUCAUGGCAACGAUUAAUAUCGUUUUUGACCGAGUUGGGAAAACUGAUCCUGUCACAAGAGGCAUCGAGAUCACUGUGAAUUAUCUGGGGAUCCAAUUUGAUGUGAAGUUCUGGUCUCAGCACAUUUCCUUCAUUCUGGUUGGAAUAAUCAUCGUCACAUCUAUCAGAGGAUUACUGAUCACUCUUACCAAGUUCUUUUAUGCCAUCUCCAGCAGUAAGUCCUCCAAUGUCAUUGUCCUGCUAUUAGCACAGAUAAUGAGUGACUCCUGGGUUAACUUACAGGGCAUGUACUUUGUCUCCUCCGUGCUACUGAUUCGAAUGAGCAUGCCUCUAGAAUACCGAACCAUAAUCACCGAAGUCCUCGGAGAACUACAGUUCAACUUCUAUCACCGUUGGUUUGAUGUGAUCUUCCUGGUCAGUGCUCUCUCCAGCAUACUGUUCCUCUAUUUGGCUCACAAACAGGCACCAGAAAAGCAUAUGGCACCUUGAACUCAUGCCCAUUACAGACUGCUACAGGCCAGUGGUGUCAGAAUUUGGAUAUAAGAGAAAAAAUGGAGGGGACCAGGGCCUAAUGUUUUCUUGAACAAAAUGCUGAGGUAGCAUAUUCUGCCUUCAGCGGAUGCCUUCCUGCUCUGUGGGUCCUGUGAUCAGGAGAAGCAUUAGCUAGGACAUGACUGUGUGAAGUAAACUCAAGCGAGCACGCAGCCGAGAGAAUCCCGUGCGGGUUUGAGGCUGCUGCGGCAUGGGGGAAAGGGGAUGGCAAAGAGCCAAGAAGCUAGGUGGGGGGAAUGCACUGGAACUCUGGGGUAAGGGGAAGUCUCAGGUAGCCGGGCCGAACACCCAGAAUUUCUGUUCAAGGCUCACAUGGAGGAGGUUAUGGCUUUCCCUUAAGAUUGACUAUCAUUAAAAUCAGAUUGUAACCCUU